UGGUAAAUUUAUCACGUUUGCGCAAAAUUUGUAGCAUUGUUGCUCGGAAUAAAAUUCUCCGAGGACCUUACAGUUGUAACUCGUGCUAGGCGCAAUACGUUAAGUUAGGUUAGUGGACGAUUAUCAAUCGUUGAAUUCUUCUGUAGUCAGCGGAUGAGGUGGGUUAAGGGAGAGGAGGAGGACGAUGAUGGAACCGAAGAAGAUUGUGAUGAAUCAUUUGUUACGCAGCCCAUGAUGGGUGUGGCUGAUGAGCUUCCAGAAGAGGAACAGUUUCAAGUUUUGAUUCAAAUUAGAGGUCAUUGACAGAGUUUAGUGGAGAAGUUUGUGUACUACAGGACGCUACGGAUUUCAAAUCCAGAGGUUUGUGUAUGCUAGUAUCAUCGCUUAACUUUUUUUUGGUUUUUUUAGAACUCAUGUCUGCGGGAAUUGCUGCUGAAAGCGAUUGAGGGAAGGGUCCCAACCUUAACUUGUGAUUGAGGGGGAAAUUUUUCUAAAAUUGUUGAAACAAAAUGGAAAACAAGGAGCCUGCCGGAGAAGUGGUAGUUCGGAGCAGGAGGAAACUCACCAAGUCACAGAGGAAUCUAAUCAUCGGGAUAGCUACGGUAGUUGGUCUAGGUUUAGCGGGAAAGCUUCUCUCGAUUUUGAGAAGACCGAAAGAGAAACGGAAGGAAAAGAAAGACGACGACGAAGAAACCUUGGAAUCAGUACUACAUGUGGACGAUUCAGACAAAAGCAAUCAACCACUUCAGGCACAAGUGCAGAGGAGGAAACUUGCUAACCUAGAGAACGAUGAGCCUGAUCAUGAGGUGGAGAACCGUAAAAAUUACCGGCGUUCUAAGUAUGUAGAUUCAUUCUCUGAGAUAAUUCCCGAGGACGACAUCGCCAACGAUGGCGAGAUCUAUGUUAACCAGGAUCCAGUUGGGCUUAGGGACCGCAGAGAUAGCAUUGACAGAAGUGGUAACAAAGAGAGGGAUUCGCGUGGAGCAAGGCAAUCGAUGGAUGCUCGUAACGAGGAAAAUACUCUCACCACUCGGAGGAGUAGGGAUAUAAAUUUUACCAGCCGUAGUAAGCAGUCGCAAUUGAGUCAAGGGGGGUUCAGUAUCAAGGGAGUGUCACGCAUCAAUGUCGAGGAUAGUAAAAAUCAUCACUAUGAUGAUAGAGGUAAACUUGGCCAUGCAGUUGGAGAAAGGGGUCACAAAGGAGAUGGAGGAAGGCGUUACAAUGAAAAGAAAGACGAUGAGAGGCACCGCAAUGAGGAUGAAGAAGGAAAUCAUAGCGACGAUGGAGAAGGGUAUCUCAGCGAGGACAGUGAGUAUGGAAAAGAUCAUUACAUCAAAGAUGGAAAGAAAUAUGACAAUAAAGGUGGCGAAGAGAAUCGCUUAAGUAAAGAGGCGACAAAAGGAGAGCCUAAAAAAAAUCAGUUACCUGUAAAGGAAUUGAACAUUACAAGCAGCGGUUUGCAGAAAUUGCCUCAGAAGAAGCCUUUACGUACAUCUUCUGGAGAGUCGACACGACGACGUAAGAGCAAAGAAGGUGGAAAAGAGAAGAUUGAGAAGACCCGAAAGUCGGGAACCACGCCUGAAAUGGGUGCUGACAAAGAGGUCAUCUUUGAUGAAGCUGGUAUGUGGGAAUCUAUUAAUGGUUAUAAGGUGCUGAAAGCUACGACCUCGAAGAUUCCAAACAUUGCUGAAGCGAUGCUCAAGCUGGAUGCAGACGAAGCGAUUACAAACUUGAAAGGCAAUGCACAGUUAGUUAGGGAGUUUGAGAAGGAAAGAGAAGAAACCGAGAGGGCCAAAAGUAUAUGGGAUGGGAAGAUACACAAACGAAAGAAGCAUACAGAAGGCUCAGAGGCGUACCUGCGUAUAAAAUCAUCCGUGGUCUCUUCUGUAGCUGGUGCUGAACAUACUCCAGAAGGCGUCAAAGUGAGGGAGGUUGUCAAAAGGUCAACACUUUUACCCAUACCCUCAGGUAACGAGUCUGAAGUCCAUUCCUCUGUGUACAACGUUCAGGAAACUGGGAAGGGGCUCAAAGUCGAGGAAAUAGUGACAAGAACAAAAUUUAUUCCUGCUGAAGGCGAUUUCACGUUCUCUGAUCAGCAGCUGUUGGGGAAGCAGACUAGGAAUUUUAAAGACUUCAGUUUUAAUGAUUUAAAAAAGCUGACACGUCAGGAUUUGCAGCGCUUUCUUCCUCAGUUGCUUCUACUUGCGGCAGUUAUUAUAACAGUACUUAGUUUUAUCACGUUGCUUUUCUCACGGAGAACGAUAGUAGUUCCGUCAGCGCCAUCAGUGCCAGCAGAACCACCGUCAGUGCCGGUUAAACUUAGUGAUUUGUCAAUGUAAUUUUCUCUCUUGUAAAAUUAAAGUACUAAAGCUUCUUCCUUUUUCUCAUCUU